UGAGCAAAACUACACGAAGAACAGUAGUGCUUCCGGUGUCGUUUGCACGUCGUGCCCAGCAGUUAUUUUAUCAGAAUAAACAAUGUCUCUUGAAAUCGAAUCAGCAGACGUGAUUCGUCUGAUCAUGCAGUAUUUGAAGGAAAAUAACCUGCACCGCACCCUUGCGACGCUGCAGGAGGAAACCACAGUGUCCCUUAAUACUGUAGACAGUAUCGAAAGCUUUGUGGCAGAUAUCAACAGCGGUCAUUGGGACACAGUGCUCCAGGCUAUCCAGUCACUCAAACUCCCAGACAAGACCCUGAUUGAUCUCUAUGAACAGGUUGUACUGGAGCUGAUUGAGCUGAGAGAGCUUGGUGCUGCCAGGUCACUGCUGAGACAGACCGACCCAAUGAUCAUGCUAAAACAGACUCAGCCUGAGCGCUACAUUCACCUGGAGAACCUACUUGCUCGCUCCUAUUUUGACCCCAGAGAGGCGUACCCAGAUGGCAGCAGUAAGGAAAAGCGGAGGGCAGCUAUUGCGCAGGCUCUGGCGGGGGAGGUCAGCGUCGUGCCACCAUCCCGUCUUAUGGCCUUGCUUGGUCAGUCUCUGAAGUGGCAGCAGCAUCAGGGUCUCCUGCCCCCUGGUAUGACUAUCGACUUGUUCAGAGGUAAAGCUGCAGUCAAGGAUGUUGAGGAGGAGCGAUUCCCUACACAGCUGAGCAGGCACAUCAAGUUUGGACAGAAGUCCCACGUGGAGUGCUCCCGCUUCUCUCCUGACGGUCAGUAUCUGGUUACUGGCUCUGUGGACGGCUUCAUCGAGGUGUGGAAUUUCACAACAGGCAAAAUCAGAAAGGAUCUGAAGUAUCAGGCACAGGACAACUUCAUGAUGAUGGAUGAUGCAGUGCUGUGCAUGUGUUUCAGCAGAGACACAGAGAUGCUGGCUACAGGAGCACAGGAUGGCAAAAUAAAGGUAUGGAAGAUCCAGAGUGGACAGUGUUUGAGGCGAUAUGAACGCGCUCACAGUAAAGGUGUGACUUGUCUGAGCUUCUGUAAAGACAGCAGCCAGCUCCUUUCUGCAUCAUUUGACCAAACCAUCAGAGUUCAUGGUUUAAAGUCAGGCAAGUCUCUGAAGGAGUUCCGAGGCCAUUCCUCGUUUGUCAAUGAAGCCACAUUCACUCCCGAUGGUCACCACGUCGUCAGCGCCUCCUCUGAUGGAACUGUGAAGAUCUGGAAUGUGAAAACCACAGAGUGCACAAGUACAUUUAAGUCUCUUGGCACCUCAGCUGGCACAGACAUCACGGUGAACAAUGUGAUUCUGCUUCCCAAGAACCCUGAGCAUUUUGUGGUGUGCAAUCGGUCCAACACAGUGGUCAUCAUGAACAUGCAGGGGCAGAUUGUGAGAAGCUUCAGCUCCGGUAAGAGAGAAGGGGGAGAUUUCGUUUGUUGUACGCUUUCCCCCAGAGGAGAGUGGAUCUACUGUGUGGGAGAGGACUUUGUGCUUUACUGCUUCAGCACAGUCACCGGCAAACUUGAGAGAACCCUGACAGUCCAUGAGAAGGAUGUGAUCGGUAUCAGCCACCACCCUCAUCAGAACCUGAUCGCCACCUACAGUGAAGAUGGCUUGCUCAAGCUCUGGAAACCUUAAGCCCCAGAUCGGACCAAUAUUUUACUGGGACAGGGAGUCUAACUUUUUUUUUUUGUACAUAUUCUAUUUUGUGUGUUUCCCCAGUGCAAAUUUUCAUAUGCAUGUCCUGUUGAACAGAACAGAAAACAUGGACAUUUCCUUUCAGAAGUUCCAACCUUUUCAGUCCUUUUUGAUUUUUUUUUUCUU